CCGCCGACGUGACGUCACCACCUCGCGGGCGUGACGUCACGUCAUCUCGGGCCGCCAAGCUUGCCUCGCCAAGUUGUGCACCGCGCUCAGGGCCGCCGACUCUAGCUGCGGCCUAACACCGACCCGAAGCCUCGGCGUUGCCUGGAAACGCAGCCGGGCCGAGUGGCCGCUAUUCCCGCAAGCUCGAGCCGGCCCCUCGCAGGGCCUCCUCCCCCGCCGCGGGACUCCAGGCGACAAUGUAUUGCCUGCAGUGGCUGCUGCCCGUGCUGCUCAUCCCCAGGCCCCUGAACCCGGCGCUGUGGUUCAGCCACUCGAUGUUCAUGGGCUUCUACCUGUUGAGCUUCUUCCUGGAGCGCAAGCCGUGCACGAUCUGCGCCCUCGUGUUCCUGGUGGCGCUCUUCCUGCUCUGCUACAGCUGCUGGGGCAGCUGCUUCCUCGCCCUGUGCGGAGACUCGGCGCUGUCGGGCGGCGCGCCCGACCCCGCCGUGGUGAGCACCUGGCUCAGCAGAUAAAGCGGCGGCGGCGGAGGAGGCGGAGGAUGGACGAGCAGGAGGAGGAAGAGCGGACGGUCCCGAACGGCGCUUUCUUUCCCUCGCGUCGGUGGUUCGCUGCCGCUGCUGUCGUAUGGCCUUUGAAGAGCAACAGUUCGAUGCUUAGUUGUGAUUUGGCCAUUUAAUUGCCGUGUUUGAAAGUUGGUGCAUUGCAGACACACACAUUCACCCCGCCACCUUCCCUUGCACGUAUUGGGCAGUGCGACGAAUUGGCCAGAGCUUGGAGUUCGUAGUCACACGUUAGAGAGAGGAGAGUCUGUGAUUGAUUCUGCUGUGCGUUGGCGAGCCGCAUCCUCGUGGUUUGCGCGGAUCCGGCGAAGCGCUGAUUGUUUCUGUAGGAGACCGAUGGCAUGCAGUGUGGCGGCUGGGCUCGCUCGCGAGAUAUUCGUUGAGCGCGCCGUUGUGGGUGUUGGGGACAUUUUGCGAUUCCUUUGCUCUUAAGUGGAGUGCCGUUGUAGUCGCUUUCGAACCUCACAUGGGCCCCCCUCCCCCGCCGCCUUCGUUACCCUGAACGCACCGCGCUGCGCGCCGGGGUCGCCGAUAGCGGUGUGGAGGUGCUGAGACGGUCCCCGCACCACGAACUGUCCCUUCGGCCCAAGCCGAGUUGACUCUCAUGAGCGGUGCGAGAGUCCCUCUGACGAUGGGUCCCCCACAGCAGCCCUACUGCCCCCACACUACGCCCGACAAACUCAUCAGACCCGUCCCGUGUGCAGUGUGUGCAUGGCCACCAACGCCUGGCGACGGUGGGCAUGCACGUGGCCUGAAUCCAGCGCCGUGGAGGAGGGGAGAGUGCAGGGUCUUCUUCACCCGGGUUUGUUUCAAGAGAAGGCAGUACAGCAAGCCGACUCAUCGGCCUCUGUUUGUCCAUCUCUCCGGGGGACGUGUUGCCCCCCUCGUGCCGCGUGGGGUUUCUCUGGGUGCUCCGGUUUCCUCCAAAUUGUAUAAACAAUCAUCGUUACAGUGAUUUGCUCAACACAUCUUAAAAUAAAAUAAAACAAUGUAGCAGGACCCUGCUAAGUAAAACUUAAUGAGGAAAAGUGUACAGAUCGACAGGGCAGGUCUGUGGUCGAUUCAAGGUUUGGGAAACAUCAUGGAUCCACAUCAGCGGUUGGAGAUGUUUUGCUCCGCAUUAACAGGCUGGCCAGACUUUACCCGAGCUUGCGAGUUGGGUAUUUCUAAUGGUCAAAUUUGCAGACGUAAUUCCUCCCGUGUGAAAUUAUCCUCCGUGCUUUUCUUGGCGAGGUCUCCCGCCCAUUUACGAAGGCAGACUUUGUAAACGGAGGGAGAUCAUGGUUCAACAAAAAUAUAACCACAAACCACUAAAGGAAAAGCAAAUACGUUUUUAGAAAGGCCUUCAACUUACAUCUUAGUUGCAGUGUGUGGCAUCGUACUUGUGUUCACCUUGCGAUGACAUCGACUCACCCACACGAGCGAUAAGGACUGUGGCGUCGUGGGACUUACAAGAUGACCAUGUCGGAAGGCCAUCCUGCGGUGGAUACAACUCAAGGCACACACGACGACGUGUGGACAAUUUUAAAGCACAGCGCCGCACCGCGACGACUCGUGGGACGCGUGCACUGCGACGCAAGGAUCGGAUCCGACGUUUGUCUCGUUUUCUUCUCGACGCAUCGCAGCCAUCCUUUGCCCCCCGUGGGCCGCUCUGCGAGCCGUCUUGCAUGGAGUGCGCCCCAAUGGCGCGGGGUUGUGGUGCUGUUUGAAGUGAGCGUAUCUUUUAAUUUUUUUAAUCGUGUAUCGCCUCGUCAAGGGUGGAGGGGCAAGUCAUUUAAAAUCGAAAAUCUUUAGUCUCGUAGGCACGUAUCCCCAAGGCUGUGUUAUCCUGCGCUUGCCAACGCACGAGUUUGAAUUCUUUAUUUCAUCAAAACGAGUGAAAUGAGCUUGCAAAGUUACGCGUCUGCGUGGCGAUCCAGUCGCGUCGCAUUGCUGAUGCGACUGCAUCGCUCUGACGGACGGAGCGCCUUGGCCGCCAGUUCACUCUUCUAAUGGACACAAAGUCGGAAGGAGCGAGGGUGCUCUGGGUUUUAAGGUGCCAAGGCAGCGCCACUCAUCUCCGGGGUUCUCAUCCAGAUUCAGCUGCCCGUCGUUACACUGGGUUCUGGAGUGUCCACCAAUCCAUGGUCUCAACCUUGUUACAAAGGGAUGGAUGCACGAAAAACAAUCCCGUUAUCGGUUAAUGUCACUGAUUCCUCGCUCUGAUUUAAAAAUAUUCGUCUGAUCGACCUGCGUCAAGCACUGUGUGCGAGGCAUAUACAACGAGUGCCCGGAGUGUGGGUCUGUGACUUCAGGAGUAGUUCUCUUGCAUCUGCUUCCGAUGCUGCUCCCUGACUAGCUGUAUAGUUUUGAAUAAAGAUGGCUGUAUCAUGAUAAUUAUAGCACAAGUAAUAAUAAUUGGGGUAAAGCGUGUAAUAAAUUCAACUUUAAACUCGUGUUGGACAGAACAGGUCUUGGCAUAAGAGCAGUUCGUUGACUUGGGUUUUUUCUUUUAACGAUAUCGGUCAACAAUAUAAAUGUUUCCCCUGUUCCGCGUGCGCGACACCUUCACGUCUCAUGUUGAAGGUAUCUGGCUCUGGCAGCUGGGGAAGCCGUGUGAAGCCAUGACAUACAACACGUACGAAUCCACAGGCACGUCUUAAUCGCGCGCCGAUUCAUUGCAGAGAGUUUCGUGAGAUUUAAAGAGUCUAUGUUUAUGGAAUAAUCAUCGCGCCCGUAAUGUCCCAUGCUAGUCGGCGGAACUGGCCAAUCGGCGGAACUGAAAAAAGGGGUCUUGAGACUCGGUGAUACUCGUUCAAAUGUUAAAUGAUCUCUACGCGCCUUGAUUAUAAUUUCAAGCACACGUUUUUGCUCAUGGUUUUGAGCCAUCGCUGCUGCCACCUUCUCACACUUGUGGAGCAGUGUCGGCGUCGUUUUUACUUUUAAAAAUAAUCCACCGAACUGAAACUCCGCGUGCCACAUUUGAUUUUGCUUCCUUCAGCGCAUUACGACUAUCAGUAGCCGGCAGUAGGUGUGUCCAACAUACCGCGCGCGUGUGUGUUGUCGCCGUGCUUGCACAAGGGGCGGGGGGGGGGCUGACACGCUAAGCCUGGUGCUGCUAGCCCCCCCUCUCCCCAUCUGUGGGUCCGUGCGUGUCGCGAUGUGAUUAUAAAACGUGUUCCCCCAGACUCCAGCCCUCGGGACCAGCCCAGCAUGAUAGGUAAACGCGCCAAUACGCGUUCACGGAGACCUUUGUUGACAUAGCCACGUAGAUUUUCGCAGCCAACGCUAUGAUAGACACGCAAUGCUAAAUGGAUUCAUCUCAAAGCUUUCGUGACUGCAGGGAUUCAUUUUCUUGGUUCUUCCGGUAUAGUCCCUUCUGCGUGACUUUACCGAAAGAACCAAGAAUAUGGAUUCAUCUCAGUUAAACCCACUGUGUGCCAUUCUGUGAAUGUAGAGUGUAUCCGUGUGAAUUGCACUGCGCAUGUGUGUUUCAGCAUGUUUGUGUGUAAGUGUGGUGGGGAGCUGUGGUGGGGAGCAGAGGCGCAGUGAUUAGCGCACUGCGCUACAAACCCGGCGACGCGGGUUGAGUUCCUGCUCCCGACCAGUAACAGCGAAUAUUUGAGCUGUUUCUGGGCCUCCACAAGUUAAUCUGUCUUGUAUUUCUUGAUUUUUAUUUUGGUUUUAUUCCCAUGGUAACAUUUCCAAUUUCAAAGUCUACAUAUGUCCUCUCUGAAACAACAAUGUCGUGCGAUAUUGAAUAUUUUUUGCAGUAAAUUUUCUGCACUACGUCCGCUAUCUCAUGCUCGUGUGACAGUCGUCCUGAACCUUAUUGCGGUGGGCGAUACACCGUGAUUGUACACGUGACAGUCGUCCUGAACCUUGCCGCGGUGGGCGAGAAACUGUGAUUGUACACGUGACUAUUGUCCUUCAGCUUACACCGGUGGGCGAUACACCGUGAUAGUACACGUGACAAUUAUCCUGAACCUUACCGCGGUGGGCGAUACACCGUGAUUGUGCACGUGACAAUUGAACCUGCAUGGCUGCGCCGGGUGAUCGAGGGUCUUCCGACCGAAAGUUGUUCAGACCAUUUGUUGCCGAACCCAAUAAUCUAAAUGAGUUUAAGACGUGUGUACGUGCCCCACAUGACCGCUGAUUCAACUCCAGAUGUCCCGAUUCGUUACUCUUCUGUGUUUGGCCCCCAUAUUGAUCUGGCCAUAUUUCCGUUGUGAGAGCCUCCACCACCAUACGUGGCCAAACGAAAUUAAAUUAUCACGCGGUGUACAAAUGCUCGCACGCUUGGCUGCUUACCUCCGAUUAGCACGGGUGACUACGUACAGUGCGAGAGACGUUCACCAUACAUACAAACGUCAUUUUAACGCGCACAGAAUUAUUGUCGUUUCAUCUUCACCGGUGAGUUGAAGAAUAACUGGCACAGAUCGUUAGGUGGCGUAACACAUAAAAACAAUUAUGCAUCGUAACAUCGACUGCGAAUAACUGCGUGUUGAGUCAAGAUAUCGUGUGCGUGUGUUUGUCCACGCGUGUCUCCUCCCGAAUGUGACGCUACGUGCAGAUCGUUUAUUUCAACCGGUGUACCACCGACGUCACACGCGAUGUCUUUGCCAAUCACCAGGCUCGUGCGGCGUGUCGCGGUGGUGGCUGAUGUGCACGUGGCCUGGAGCCGGCCACUGGAGGGAGGAGAGGGUGGCUCGCACGAAGUUGAAAAAGAAAGAUGUAGGCCAUGAGCCCAGACCAGAUAUUUCACUUUGUUGGUACCACGUGAGAUGGUACAGCCAAUAACAGUUGCUCAUGUAUGUGAUCGUCGUUUGAGCAGGCUGUCAUACAUUUCGCCCCUAUUAACCAUGCAACUACAUUGUAACUAUCAGAGUUUACGAGAGUGUUUCCACCUUCAUACCAACUUCUGCUCUGGACUAAUCUGUGAGCGUAGCCGAGGCCGGCAGUGGUGAUGAUGGCGGUGGAACACGAGGACUGGAGCGUCCGUGAGCCACGCACAACUUGGUACCAUCAAAGGUGUCGCAAAGCUUUAGCCGUACCGAUUUAUUUGCAUGGCCAAUAAGACUAAAUGCGUUGUCCUCUGCUCAUUUCAAAUUGAUAUCGCUCACUGUUAUUGGCCACAGUGAAAUUGAAAACCGCAGAAGUAAUGCCACCUCUGCUGUUACCUAACAAGUAAAACAUUCAUAUCUCGAGUCUGAACUCUGAGUCGGUGGAAAAUCGGACUGGCGUAGGCGUGCCCCGCGAUAAUGUGCGGCGCGUUCUCUUUUUAAACCGACGGUGAAGCCACGACGCGAGUCCGUGGUGAGUCACUCGCUGUAACUACCCCCCCGCGCAAACAGACUGGAAGUGGCUGGUUGCCUGCCAUAUUAUUUGCUCGCUGAAGAGUUGGGUUAGGAAUUUCAAAAUAAAGUUUCUACCGACGACA